GGCAGACCCCUGACGUAACGGGUGGAUGUGGGCAUGCGUGACAACCAACGUCAACCCCGUGGCUUUAUGAAAGGCGAAAUCCCUCCAUGGGAGCACGGUGUGGUAGCAGUUUAAAACCCCGUCUGUUAAGGAGAAGGCACUUGUCUCGGAACACGGAGGCGGUCUCAGCUCCUCACUCCAGUCCGUUGUGUGUGCGCUUCCCUCCGGCUUCAAGUGUAGGCUAGCUUUGCCUCCUUCCUGCGCACCGCGGCAACAACACAGACCACGGGGACGAGCCAGCGGACGUAACGCUAGCCGAGCAGGGAAGCGGGCUCUGUCUUCUCUUUCAUCACGCAGAUGCUCCCAGCCGCCCAGCUUGACAGGAGUGAUGGGAUGUGUCAACUAGCAGGUGAGGCAGUCCUAAAUGAUGUGAUUGGACUGAAGAAUUCAUCUGCAGUGUUCACACCGGAGCGAGACAAAGGAGGGACAGAGGAAGAGGAAGAGGAGGACAUCCAAAACACGAGAAUGGGCGUGGGGAAAAAUAACACGUCCAAGUCGCUGGACAGCAGCAGUGAGGGAGGAAAAUAUGAAGAGGAGAGCAAACAUGAUGCAGAUUUCUACCCUAUUCCGGUGGUGGUAAACGGAGUCGGUGGUGCCAGUGGAGACCAGGAUACUGAGAACACAGAGCUGAUGGCCAUCUACACUAAAGAAAAUCAAGGAGCAGAAAAGAGCUCAAUGUCCGAGACGCUGGACAGCACAGACAGUACAGAUGCAAGGAGGAUGGACAUGAUCUAUACCAUUGAAGACACGCCACCCUGGUACCUGUGUGUGUUCUUAGGGUUACAGCACUACUUGACAUGUUUCAGUGGAACUAUCGCAGUGCCGUUCCUCCUCGCUGAGGCGAUGUGCGUCGGCUUCGAUCAAUGGGCCACCAGUCAGCUCAUAGGGACCAUCUUUUUCUGUGUGGGGAUCACCACCCUGCUACAGACCACACUGGGCUGCAGGUUGCCUCUGUUCCAGGCCAGUGCUUUCGCCUUCCUCGCACCAGCCAGAGCCAUCCUGUCACUGGACAAAUGGAAGUGUAACAACACGGAAGUUCCAGUAUUUAACAGCACAGAGCUCUUCCACACAGAGCAUAUCUGGCACCCCAGGAUACGAGAGAUCCAAGGGGCUAUCAUCGUGUCAUCCAUGGUCGAGGUGUUUAUUGGAGCGCUGGGUCUGCCUGGGAUCCUGCUGAAGUACAUUGGACCUUUGACCAUCACCCCCACUGUGGCCCUUAUUGGCCUGUCGGGAUUCCAGGCGGCAGGAGAGAGGGCUGGAAAACACUGGGGCAUUGCUAUGCUGACUAUCUUCUUGGUGCUGCUCUUCUCUCAAUAUGCCAGAAACGUUCACUUCCCCCUGCCAGUCUACAAAGCCAAGAAAGGUUGGACUGCCUAUAGGCUACAGGUCUUCAAAAUGUUUCCUAUCAUCAUGGCCAUCCUGGUGUCGUGGCUGCUGUGUUUCAUCUUCACUGUAACUGACGUUUUCCCACCGGAGGUAAACAAAUAUGGCUUCUAUGCCCGCACAGACGCACGUCAAGGAAUCCUUGCUGCUGCACCGUGGUUUAAGAUCCCCUAUCCCUUCCAGUGGGGCCUUCCUACUGUAACCGCUGCUGGUGUGAUCGGCAUGAUGAGUGCGGUGGUGGCCAGCAUCAUCGAAUCCAUUGGAGAUUACUACGCCUGUGCACGUCUCUCUUGUGCUCCUCCACCUCCCAUCCAUGCCAUCAAUAGGGGAAUAUUUGUCGAGGGUAUUUCCUGUGUACUCGACGGUCUUUUCGGGACAGGAAAUGGCUCUACCUCUUCCAGUCCAAAUAUAGGCGUCCUAGGAAUCACAAAGGUUGGCAGCAGACGUGUGAUCCAAUAUGGAGCUGCCAUGAUGCUGUUGCUGGGGCUCGUGGGUAAAUUCAGUGCCCUGUUUGCAUCUCUGCCCGACCCUGUCCUGGGAGCUCUGUUCUGCACCCUGUUUGGAAUGAUCACAGCAGUGGGACUGUCCAACCUGCAGUUUGUCGACCUCAACUCCUCCAGGAACCUCUUUGUUCUGGGUUUCUCCAUCUUCUUUGGUCUGAUGCUGCCAAGCUACCUCAAACAAAACCCGCUGGUCACUGGCAUAGUUGAGGUUGACCAGGUGUUGAACGUGCUCCUCACCACUGCCAUGUUCGUUGGAGGCUCUGUGGCCUUCAUUUUGGACAACACUAUACCCGGUUCUCCUGAAGAACGAGGCAUUAGGAAGCUGAAACGUGGCGCUGGUCUCAGCGCAGCAGAACUGGAAGGGAUGAGAUCUUAUGAUUUGCCGUUCGGAAUGGACUUCAUCCGCAGACACUCCAUCUUCAAAUACAUCCCCAUCAGCCCCACCUUUACGGGCUACCAGUUCGGGAGGCUACAAGAAACCUGCAGGAGCAGGAUGGGACAUGGGGAUGUGGUGAAGGGAGGAGGAAUUGGAGGGGAGGGAGGCGCUACACUGGGGGAGAGUCGGGUAUAGCCAAUGGGCUGGUGCUGAAAAAUCUUAAUCUUGAGGAGCAAGGGAUGGUACACUGAGAUAAAAAGAUGGGAGAGUGGAGGACAGAAGCGGUGCUGGAUUUGGGAUCGUGUGGAAGAAAAUGUGCCCCCCCCACGUUAGUGUGUGUUUUCUUUAGCUUGUGUCGGCCUUUUCCCAUUUCCCCACUAUGCUAUUAUUAGCAUGCUAUAGCAAGUCACAGCAUGCUAUAAACGAAGUCACCAUGCAGAGGUUAGUUGGUGUGUGUGCAUGUGUGUACAGUAUGAAGCGAGAAAUAACCGGUUUGUGCAUUAAUUUACUUACUUGCACUUUAAUCCAUGGAGAGACAGACGGACAUCAAACAAUCAGAACUUGGUGUUUGAUGCCUCACUGCCUUUUAAUCAGUGCUAAACUUUACUCCAUUUUAUAAAAAGUAGUCUACUAAAAGCAGAGUAGAGUGAUUAUGUCAAUUGAGGAUUAUGCAAAAUUUUCUGCUCUGAAUAAUUUUCCUCUAGACUACUUAUGCAACCACAUAAAAGUGACACACACACACGCGCAUGUUCACACACCAAUAGCCUCAUAAAAACUAGCACGAGCGCUACAAUGCACAUCAGGGUUGCGUAGAUUGAUGGAAGUGGUUUGUCAGGUGCCCUUAGCCAUGCAAAGUGAUUGUGAAAUUUAUUUUUGCACUAUCUGCCUCCUGAGUUCAAAACCAGAAUGUCACUUCACAGGCCACACCCCGUAUUUCUUCAUUAAAAGUCCUCAGAGUUCCUCUCAGCAGCACAUCACAUCCCCUCAUUUCGUGCUGUAAUACCCUCACAUCCGCCCCUUUUCUUUUUAUAUGUAGUAGAGUGCUGAUAUUCACAAGAUCUCCAGUGUAGCAUACCAGUUUACAUCUAUUAACAGUGUCAGCGUCAUGCAGUAGUUACUAACAAGACCAAAACUCUACUUUUCCUGAACAUACACUUGUCUCAUUUGACUGUCGAAUGGGAACAAAGAUAUUUAUUUAUUUUUAUUUGAUAACCUCUAACUUCCUCUGACACAUAUAGGCACUCACACAAGACAACAAACCUCUACUGCCGUUACAUCAGCAGUGCAUUUACUACAUUACUGGCACACAGAAACACAGACAUAUGACCUUUUCAGUGAGACUUUAAAACCUUGUGUGCGUAAACACAAGGCUUAAAAAAAGACAGAAGUAGAACUAAAUGUUCUUAAUCCUGCGCCUGGAUCUUCUCUCACAGUUUUAUGUUUUUUUUAUGUCACUUGCGCUCUGCUUUUAGCGGUAAUCUGUGUUAAUGUAGGAUUUACAAGGGCUGCACCAUAAAAUAAGACCGCCCUCCCAAUAUUCAUACCCUCGUGGUUAGCCCUUACAUAAUUGUACUAAGAAGAAAUGGUUAGUUUUGUUUCGAUGGGGGACUCACAGAUGGAUGUGUUUGUUUAUUUUUUUGCAACAGCCAAUCAAUACAGUUGCUAAUAUCAUUUAUCAUUAUUUUAUGGCGGUGAUGACUUUCCCAUACAUUCCUCCUCCACCUCCCAUCCUCACCCGUACACCUCCCACUCUCACCUCACUUCAGUUACUUUACUGCUGAUGUUUUUAUUGUUUAUGUCUGUUGUUGUUCAGGCUAGAAGCACAUUUGGCCGAGUAACAGAACUUUUCAGAGUCACCUGUACCUUUUUAUUAACCCAGGUGUAACUCUGAAGAGCAAGUCACUAAUCUGACCACACUGUGUGCCUCUGGUCUUUAUUUGAAAAACAGCAGUUUAAAAAUACUGUAGGAGAAUUUGCAACUAUAUGAUCUUUGUAAAUGUAGAAAUUAAAAACAGCACAAUGAAAAAUUAGCUUAAAAAAAACUACUAACUAAGAUUUUACUAAACCAAAAUGCUAAAAGCUCUUUAUUUUUAUUUCUUCUUUUUGUUCUCUUACCAUAUACCAAAACUUUUCUCAAAGCAUUGGCAGUUGUCCUCAUUAAGAAACUUUAAGAAACAAAAUUAGUCUGAAAUUUCAUCCCAAAUUUUUUAUCUCUUUUGUUAAAGCUAUUUAUUUAUUUAUGUGAAGAAAGUUGGUGUUUAAUGAAUAGCAGGUUUAUGUGUCUCUUGCACAAUGUUGAAAGUAUAUUUAUUAGUUUACUUGUUCAUGCCCUGUAAAGAUCAGUGUGACGAUGACUGACUGCUACAACUCCACUCUCAGCCUCGGCUACAGUCGGUGCUUUUAGAAACUCACCUGCAGACAGCAGCUUUUUUUCCUCAGAAGAUAGUGUCUAAUGUAAGAUGUAAGCUGCUUCGAAUCCAUUCCAUUUAUAUCAUGUUGUUUUUAAAAACAAGAGAGAAAAAACACUUUUAAAUGUUAAACUGAAUAGUUUAGUCAGAUUUAUGAGUGAGGGCCUUUUUACUACAAGUACUGUUUGCACAUGUAAUGGUGCCAAGAUCAUCAGGGUCAGAGUGAGUAAUACUCACUAACCUGAAACCCUAAAAUGUCACUGGAGUGCUUAUCCAGAUUUAUAUGAACAUCUUUUGUUUGAUGACCUGAAGACUUUGAAGCGCUUUGUGGAUGAAUAUUUUUGGACCUUUAAUCUAUGAUAACAUGACUAGCUAUAGAGCCGUUUAUGACCUCAGCACCCAGUAUGUUACUCUUGUGUUUAAGUCACAGCUUUCCCAGUGCAAAAAGCCUGCUUUCCUUACCAGUUAUGCAGCAGUGGGUUGCAUCUUCAAAGUUAUUUUUAUGACCUUGCAGAUGUCUACUUCUGCCCAGAAUGAUAAAAUGUUUUUCCAGAACAAAACCAUGCUCCCCUAUGCUUUUCUUCCUUGCUGAAUGUACUUUCAGCUGGCCUCUAGUACUAUACUGACAGAGGACAGUGCUGCAACAAAAUCUGUGACCCGAAUAGGAAUUUCACUUGGCUAUAAUGCCACUGUUUGUUUUAUUCAUCAUACUCUAUAUUACAUACUUUAUUCAGAUGUUAACAAAUACUGGGGGGCUUACUCAGUAUUUGUAUGUGGUCACAAAUUUUGGUUCUUUUUUAUUUACUUGACUCUCUCACAGAUCAAACACCUAUCAAAUCGCAGUCAUCGAUUAAAUAAGAUAAUAACUGAAAUUGCUAAUCGGGUCUCCGAAUUUGGUGUAUCACUGACAGAGUCUGUGGAACUGGUCUCUCACCAAAUAUUUUAUCAUUCUGGUUAGACUGUAGAUAUAUAUGUGACUAACUCAUAGAGAAACAUAAGGAGGGCUUAAGUCAUAAAAGAAGCUAGCUAGUGACCGCUGAUGUGUGCUGAAUCUGUAAAUCUAAAUGUUGGCUGUGCUCAGGACUAACAGAUGGAGUAAGAGCUGAAGAUAAGAAGCAGUGUUCAGGUGUGGCUGGUAAAAUGAACAGUGUGUUAUCUGCACGCCAGCUGAUGUUUUUGACCUUGCUCCAGGAGCAGGUGACGAUCACGUAGAGGUCAGAGAGCAGGCAGUGCCUCCUGCAUCCUCUCUCUUAGACAGAGAUUAAAUGGAGGCUGGUUUUAUCAGUUUUUGACACCUCUUGUAGUGAAUUUGUCUGUACGUGGCAGCACACAUAUAGAUCACAUGCACAAAGCGUGAUCCUGUUUUCUGUGUCAUAUCAUGUUCAUGCAACCAGCACUUACUCCUCCCAUCACAUCCUCUCUCCACACACUCUCUGGUUUACCCCCCUCCCUGCGGUGAAAAUAUAUUGGUGUCCUCAUGGUUAGUGUACCUGGUUUUCUCCCUGGGAAUUCUUACUGUUGAUGUUUCUGGAUGCAGAAGAAGAAACCGGCUGGCCACCUUAUUAAGAGCAUGGGUCAUUGACCAGCUGAGUGAACCUGCCUUAUCAUUUAAAGGCAAGAUGAACAUUGGUUGUCUUUUCUAAAGGCACCUUCUUCUUGUUUUUAACUUUUUACCUUCCAGUUGUUGUCAUACUUUAUUUCUUAUUUUAGGAACUUAUACACAUCCAUGUGUUUCUCAGAUCGCUGUUCUAGAAAAAACACCUUGGAUUACACAAACCCAGACUCUUUGAUGGUCAGUUUAACCAACAGAUUGUUCUUAAGAAGGUGGCCAUGAGGUGUGUAACACAAAGACAUCAAUCCCUUUCAGUUAUUUUGAAGGGGGUGCUACCUGAAGAAUAUACUAUUUGUGUAUUAAGUGUUUUAUCUUUUUCAAUGGUUUUGUUUUUUUUAUACAUUGUUUUCAUGUUUUUGCAAGCGAAUAUUUGUAAAAAACAAAUCAUGCCAUUUAAUCUUAAAUCAUGCUGGAAAGCGCACCAUUUUGUUGUACUUUUUAUUUUAAAAAGUAAAUACAGUUUGAUCCUAUUUUAAAUCUGUGGUUUGGUGGAAUCAUUUUGUUUGUUUGUUUGUUUGUUUCGUUAGGACAUUUUCAUGUUGUAUUUUUUUACUCUAACAUUGCUUUCUGUCCAUGUUAACACAUUACCAGUAUAAAUGAAAGAACAACCAGAGAAAUUUUAAAUAGAUGUAAAAACAAACAAAAAAAUGUAUAUUUAAUGGAGUAAAGUUUGCUAAACCUGAAAGAGACAUUGUGUAAACUAAUUGUAGCAACAAAAUGUUUUAUUCUUUGUUUCUAAAACUAUUUAAUAAGAUGUUACAGAAUGAAUGCAGUCUUUUGUCUUUAUUGGUCACCAAUCCUGAUUGUGACAAUAAAACUGAGAUUAUGUA